UUCCGUGGUCUAACCCCAAAAACCCUGCAGAAUCUCGAAGAACCAGUACUCUCUCUGGUUUGGCUUGGUUUGUAUUGAGAUCAUGGCUUCACCGUCGUCUUCUUCAAUGGUCACAGAACGAAGAGGAAUCCCAGGAGCUCAGUUCGUGGAGGACGUCCAGACCUAUCUCACCCAAUUAGGUCUCGACGUUAACUCUGCCCUCGCUUUCCUCCAAGAAAGACUGCAGCAAUAUAAGUUGGUUGAGAUGAAACUUCUAGCUCAGCAAAGGGAUCUUCAGGCAAAAAUCCCUGACAUUGAAAAGUGCUUAGAUGUGGUGGCCACUUUGCAAGCUAAGAAGGGUACUGGUGAGGCACUUAUUACUGAUUUUGAAAUCUCUGAAGGCAUAUAUUCUCGCGCUUGCAUUGAUGAUUCGGACUCAGUAUGUUUAUGGCUAGGAGCAAACGUCAUGUUAGAGUAUUCGUGUGAAGAGGCCACUGCUCUUCUGCAAAAGAAUUUAGAUAAUGCUAAAGCCAGUUUAGAAGUUCUUGUUGCUGAUCUUCAAUUCUUGAGGGAUCAAGUGACAAUAACUCAGGUAACCAUUGCUCGUGUGUACAACUGGGAUGUUCAUCAGCGCAGAAUUCAUCAAGCUGCUGCAGCUACUAAAGACUAAUGAAAUUAAAAUCAUCUAUGCAGAUUCACAGGUGUUAGAAUAUGUUUUCCUUAUGGAAGUAUGGUCCUUAUCUCUCUUUAUUGCUUGACUUGGGUGAUUGGAUUGUCUUUCUUUAUCUUUGGGGGUCAGUUAUCUAUUUAAUGGUUUCUCUUCACAUCUGCAUUUUGAGUUCCAGAUGUGGUAUAUUACAAGUAUAUCUGUUUGUGGAGGGAAAUUGUUAUAUAUAUAUAUAUAUAUAUAUAUAUAUAUAUAUAUAGGACCAGUUUUGACGUAUGAUGGCACUAUUGGGCUUAAACUAUAACAUUUGUAUGGCCUGAAAUUUUCAGGUUGCUGGAUUUUAUUUUGCUUCGUGGAACCAAGUCAUGGUUAUUACUUAUUUGAA